UCGGCGUAUAAUUUGGAAAUAUCUCGGGGGCAUUUAUGUCCUCCGGCUUUCGUUCGGAUAGAAGCCACUGGACUGCGGUUUCUAUCCGAAAGACCAAUGGCGGUGGUCGUCGUCCGUUACUCUUCCUCCUUGCCCAUUCCAUCAGUCUCCGGCCACAUUUCCCGGCUACCCCUCAAAUUCGCCCCAAAGCCUCGCUUUUACGUGAAAAAGUGCAGAUCAUCCUUUAGGUAUGCUCUUUGUGGAGCAUUUGAAAUUCCCCAAAUAUUACGGGUCAGGCAGUCUUUGCAUAUUGGUUUUGAUGCUUUACAGACCUCUAAGGCAGAAGCAAGUUAUGAAAUUGAUAAAGAUCCACCAAAUUAUGAUGCUAUUUCAACAGAUACUACUCAUCAGGGAGUGCUGGCUCUUCAGUUGCCUCCAAUGGCACUUCUUAUGAUUAAUGCCUUGAUACUGACCAUGCCUCCUGAAGCUUUGGCAGAGACAUGUGAGGUUGAUAACUCUACUUUCAACAUGCCUUUACUUCUGUUCGUCGCCCUCAUAGGGGCCACUGUUGGAGGAUUGCUUGCACGACAGAGGAGAGGAGAAUUGGAGCGGCUAAACGAGCAGCUACGCCAGAUCAACACAGCUCUAAGAAGGCAAGCUAAGAUUGAAUCUUAUGCCCCGGGCUUGAGUUAUGCUCCUGUUGGUGGUAGAAUAGCAGAGAAUGAGGUAAUUGUUGAUCCAAGGAAGCAGGAAUUGAUUUCUCAUCUGAAAACUGGGAAGAAUUUCUUGAGGAAUCAAGAUCCAGAAAAGGCAUUUGUAGAGUUCAAAACAGCCCUUGAGCUUUCUCAGAAUCUGAAGGAUCCUAUAGAGGCGAAGAAAGCUGCUAGAGGUUUAGGAGCUUCCCUGCAAAGGCAGGGCAAAUACCGGGAAGCGAUCAAAUACCAUUCUAUGGUUCUGGCAAUAUCUGAGCGAGAAGGAGAAGAGUCUGGGAAUACAGAAGCUUAUGGGGCAAUAGCUGAUUGCUACACAGAGCUGGGAGAUCUUGAGCGAGCUGGGAAAUUCUAUGAUAAGUAUAUUGCAAGGUUAGAAACAGAUUGAUCAGUUUCUCUGACCUUGGGAAAUUUUUUUGACGGGUAGUGUGAUGAGUAAUGAGGCUUGGAAUAAUAGGAGAGAAAUUUGGGAUAACACCCAACUGCAAAGAACCCUUCCCUUGUGAAUUAUUUGUUAAGAGUUUUUGUUUUUGCUGUUACCCCAUUGUUAUUUUUGGGUGACAGUGGGCAAAUUCUCUAAUUUAGAGAAAUUGGGGUUGUAACCUGCAGCGAGCAUGGAGAAGGAUCAUAUUUUUUGCCCAUUUCUUAACUAACUUUUUACUAACAUAUCGAGAAUCAAUAUGGGCCCUUAUUGAGUAUUA